AUGGAGUCUUUAAAUAAUCAUGAUUUUAUCCCUUUCUCUAUAGAUAGUCAUGGUCCUGUUAUAUCUCAUUUAUGCUAUGCUGACGACACAAUUCUAUUUUCUUCAGCUGAACCUGAAUCCUUGAAGAUCAUGAUGGUAAAGAUGGAGACUUAUGAGAAAAUCUCAGGACAACUAGUGAACAAAGCCAAAUCUGGUUUUUAUGUCAACUUCCAAGAUGAUGAUAUAAGAAUCAACCAAAUCAAACAGAUUACUGGAUACAAUCACUGCCACUUUCCAGUGCAAUAUCUUGGAUGUCCUAUCUAUAUAGGAAGGAAAAAAGUUGUUUAUUUUAACAACAUGGUGGCUAACAUAGCCAAAAGGCUCCAAGGAUGGCAAGGUAAAUUUCUAACCUAUGGUGGCAAAGCUGUUCUUAUUAAAUCUGUUUUGCAGGCAAUUCCACUUCACACUCUAUCAGUGUUACAUCCUCCCAAGGCAACUUUCUCCCAGAUUAAAAAGAUCGUCUCUAACUUCUUUUGGGGAAUGGAUGGCAACAAAAAUAAGAAGCACUGGAUUGCUUGA